CUGUUUGUGUAGGACUCCAUUCAGCCGAUUGGCGAGUCUUGGGCGCCUGGAGUGUAUAAAAGCCGCCGGGCUGCCUGCUUGAGACUCACUCAACAAUCGCUCUGCUUCCAAGACAGAGAAACUAAGAGAGAGAGAGACUCUGAAGGGACUUUUCAAGAGCCUGCCUUGCCGAGCCGAGAGACAGCGGCGACCCUCGCUAGCCCGCUUCCUUCUCCAGAAACUCCCCGCGACAAGGAGAUCCACUCGGCCCCGCAAAGCCAGCCCGACUUCCCGCAGCCUUUGCAGCGCCUCUUGCUCUGAACCAGCAGCCCGAUCAUGCUCGCAAGGAUGGGACUCAGCGGCUUCGGCUGGGCCCUGGCGCUCCUCCUCGCCCUCCUUAGCCGGGAGGUGGUCAGCCAAGACUGCAGCGGGCAAUGCCAGUGCGGAUCCACGACGCCUCCCGAGUGUCCUCCCGGAGUCAGCCUGGUGCAAGAUGGCUGUGGAUGCUGCCGGGUGUGCGCCAAGCAGCUGGGCGAGCUGUGCACCGAGCGGGACCCCUGCGACCCUCACAAGGGGCUCUUCUGCGACUUCGGCUCCCCGGCCAACCGCAAGAUCGGAGUGUGCACCGCAAGAGACGGUGCCCCCUGCGUGUUUGGAGGGAUGGUGUACAGGAGUGGCGAGUCCUUCCAGAGCAGCUGCAAAUACCAGUGCACAUGCUUGGACGGGGCAGUGGGCUGUGUGCCUCUCUGCAGCAUGGAUGUCCGCCUGCCUAGUCCUGACUGCCCUUACCCACGAAGGGUGAAGCUCCCUGGCAAAUGCUGCGAGGAAUGGGUGUGUGAUGAGCCCAAGGACAAAGAACAGACUGCUGUUGGACCUGCUCUUGCUGCUUACAGACUGGAAGACACCUAUGGUCCUGACCCAUCAAUGAUGCGUGCCAACUGCCUGGUCCAAACCACUGAAUGGAGUGCCUGCUCAAAGACUUGUGGAAUGGGCAUUUCUACCAGAGUCACCAAUGACAAUGCCUACUGCAGACUGGAGAAGCAAAGCAGACUUUGCAUGGUGAGACCUUGUGAAGCAGACCUGGAGGAGAGCAUCAAGAAGGGCAAAAAGUGCAUCCGUACUCCUAAGAUCUCCAAGCCUAUCAAGUUUGAGCUGUCCGGCUGCACCAGUGUAAAGACAUACCGAGCCAAGUUCUGUGGGGUCUGCACUGAUGGGCGUUGCUGCACCCCCCACAGAACAGCCACCCUGCCUGUGGAAUUCAAGUGUCCCGACGGCGAGGUCAUGAAGAAGAGGAUGAUGUUCAUCAAGACCUGCGCAUGCCACUACAACUGCCCUGGAGACAACGACAUCUUUGAGUCUGUGUACUACAGAAAGAUGUACGGAGACAUGGCAUAAAAGCCCAUAAAGAGACUUUUAAACUUGACUGUCAACUUGAACUGAUCGUUGCAUCUCAUUUUUGUAAAACAUGAUUCAAUAGCACAAGGUAUUUAAAUGUCUUUUAAAAACCGUACAGAACUGUUCCAGUGAUUUAAGACCAAACUGUUUACUGACCCCAAACAUUGAUUUGAAAGGAAGAAAAAAAAAUAAGAUGGACAGAGACAAGCUACAGCAAAGCUGUACCUCAGAACAGAGUAUACUGAUUAUGGGGGUGAUAUAUAGGGAUUACUUUAAGGGGACACGUGUGGACUCAAGCAGUGUUUUCAUUGUGUGGUCUCUCAUGUGCCGCCUAAUAGUGCAAUCAAAAAGGACCCUUAGCAAGGUUACUGACACUGUUUUUUGGUGACAGUAACAGCUGGACUGGAAACUCUCACCAGCAAUGUGCUAAGAAAUGGCGUUCUGUUAGCCAGAGCAGCCAUCAUUCUGCUUUGAAAUUCUGAUUCAAAUGGUUUGUUCAAACUGAAUCGGAAUCGUGUCUAUUAGACUGGACCGCUUGUGGCAGCACAUUUGCCUGUCACAAGUUUAUUUUUUUAAUUAAUGUAAAUAUUGUGUCUGUGUGUGUAUAUGUACAUAUAUAUAUAUUGUACAGUUAUCUAAGUUAAUUUAAAGUUUUAUUACCUUUGGGGUUAAUGCUUUGAUACAUCAGUGUUAGCCUCUUCUUUUUUUUAUGACUCAAGGCUUGUCUGAUUCAGUGCAUUCAACGCAUGGAAUAGAUUCCCUAAGGAACGUUCUGCUCAGCUAGUCUUAGGGGGAACUGAACUGAUGGCAAAUGCUUGGCAAACGCCAAAGAAGAGGCAUCGGUGUCCUUUAGAAGCAUUUCAUCAAAUGAAUGGCCAGGAAAAGGAAUAUGGUUGUUUCUGCCUUAAUUAACUUGGUCCGAAGUAAAACGAGUGGCUCAUUCAUACCUGAUCUAUUUUUCCACCUAGGAGCAUUUGUUUCUUUCUUUGACCAUGGCUGUUUUGGGAGACAGUUAAUUACCUAUUGAGAAGUGUGACCAAAAGUUACAUGUUUGCACCUUUCUAGUUGAAAAAUAAAGUAUUUUAUUUUUUAUAUAAA